CUGGACACCAUAGCCCAGAAACCCUAAAUCUCUCUAUUUUGAUUUUCUUGUUCUAUGGCACCGAAGCGUCCACCCCCGGCAGAGGAUCCUCCGGCGCCUUCUUCGACCUCCGAAGAAGAAGAAGAGAACGAGGAGAACGAAGAGAACGAAGAGGAGGAGGAAGAGGAGGAGGAAUCGUCACCUGAAGAGUCGUCUGAAGAAGAGGAGGAAGGGGAAGAAAACAAAUCUACCGUUCUUACUCCUCCUCCUGCCGUUGACAAGAAGGCGUCUUCUAACAAGCUUGUAGCCACUACUCCUGCUAAGUCUACCCCUCAAUCUUCCUCUGAAGAUGAAGAGGAUGGAUCGGAAUCCGAGUCGGAAUCCGAUUCGCCGCCCAAAAGCCGUCGUUCCUCCCGCGGUGCGGACCCAACUAUAAAGCCAAUUGCAACAAAGCCCAUGGAGGAAACUCCAAAAUCGAAGAAGGCAAGAUCCAAACCCGGAGUGUCUGUCACUCCUAGUCCUGUGAAAUCAAGUCCUGUUAAACCAUCGAACUCGAAGCGCCCGGGCGAGAUCGGGCUCGAGAGGAAGGAGUCGAAGAGGGCAAAGAAGAAGGAGCCGGAGGCGGAGGCGGAGGAGGAAGAAGAUGGAAAGAAGACUGGAGACGACUCGAAGAAGCAGAUGUUCCAGAGGAUAUGGAGCGAAGAAGAUGAGCUUGGCAUCUUGAAGGGUAUGAUCGAUUAUUCGGCCAAGAAUGGCUCUGUUCCGUAUCCGAAUGGAGAUAUGAAUGAGUUUUAUGAUUUCGUCAAAAACACUCUCCAUGGCGAUUUUUCCAGGGUACAAUUGACCGAUAAAGCCCGCCGGCUGAAGAAGAAAUAUAGCAACAACGUUUCUAGGGCUAAAUUGGGCGAAGACCCCACAUUCCAGAAGCCCCAUGAGCAAAGAGCCUUUGAAUUGUCGAAAAAGAUCUGGGGUGGUGAAGGGAAUAGUGUAGGAGUUCAACAGAGCAAUAAGGCUAAUGGGAAAGCUAGGAAGAAUCAGAAACCUAACAAGGCUGUAAAAGUAGAAGACGUAGAGGUGCUCUCUGUAAUUAAUGGUGAUGAUAAGGAAGCAGUGAAGUUGGAAAACGAGCCAAAGUCAGAGCCCCCUAAAAAAUACUCAUUGGUCGUUAGUGAUUUUACCCGGAUAAAUGAAUCCGUUGGUAUGUCCUCUAGUAUGGAUCGGGCUAUUGAGAUAGGUCUGGGGCUGCUGUCUGAGCCUGUGAAGGCAGAGUUAAAGGAGAAGUGGAAAGAGUUGGAAGAUGAAGAGUUUCAGUUAUACAUGAAGAAGCUUGACCUGAUCCAGAUGGAGGCAAGAGUGUCCAUGCAAGCUUAUAGAGCAAAGCAUCAGUAGAUUUCUGAUAAAGGUAAUCACGGUUGUCUGCAAUGAUGUCGAGUGGUGGAAACUGGAAGUAAUAAUUUAGGUAAUUGGUAACAUGUUUAUGUUUCACAGUGAUUUAGUAUCUCCUCAGUUCCAUUUUCUGAAUCUGUCUAAAUGGUUUCAUGUUAUGGUACUGUUAUCUUAUGGAGGUAACAUUUGCUUGCUUUUGAAGACUUGGCUUUACGUACUGAUGCUGUUUGUUUCUUUAUAAUGAUAUUUUUGUUCUUACAUUUUAUUAGUUCCAA